CCCCCCUCUGCCCGCUGUCCCCGCGCCCGCCCCCCCCCCCUUCCGGUCGUCAUGGCUGUGUCCCAUGGACUCCCCCGGGCCCUCCGGGCCCUCCCGCUGUCGCUCCUCCUCCUGGCCCUGCUGAGCGCCAUGCUCGGCUCGGUCAAUGCGGUCGCCAAGUUCUCCAGCGGCUCGUCGCCCAUCGUUAGCGCGCACUCUCUGCGGCCCGUGGGCAUCAGCCUCUCUCCGAAGAUCAGCACUUCGGCCCGGAUGCGCCUGGCCGCCGCCGACAACCUGGACGGCAGCGAGGAUGCCGACUCGAAUGACGAGCUGGUGCUGGAUCUGCCGCACUUCUUCUCGAACGGCUCGUCCAUCAGCGUGUCUCUGCGCCCGGUUCAGCAUCCGGCCGCCAGCCAGGGCUACAUCGAGCCGAUGGCCAACUUCCAUGACGCCGACCAGUCCGUCGAGCGUGUGGGCUCCUCCAUCAGCUGCCUGUACCGAGGCCAUGUGGUUGGCCAGCCCCAGAACCGGGUCGUCCUGUCCGUGUGCGAUGGCCGUGUUCACGGCACCAUCAUGCACGAGGGCAAGAUCCACCAGAUCAUGGCGGCCAACACCUUCCGUGCCCUGUCUGCCCCGCAUGAGCUGGAGCUUUACAACACCCUGAACACGGAUGCCGAGCUGGCCGCCGCGUCGGCCGCCGUGGCCGAGGCCGCCCUCGACGCCCACUCCUACACGGAGGUUCCCCACCUGGCCUUCGUCCUUGGGGCGGAGACCGCCCCGGAGGAGGUGGCCGGCGCCGCCACCGACGAUGCUCCCUGGUGCGAUGGGCCGCUGCUGCCCCCCGGUGCCCCGGCCAAGGCGGACGCCGCCCCGGUCGCCAUGGCCUCCGAGACGGGGUCCUCUUCUGAGAUUGUGGUGACCAACUACUUCAUCGAGGUCAUGGCCUAUGUGGACUACUCGCUGUAUGCGGCCCUCACCCAGGAGGGCAUGAGCAAGAAGCAAAUUAUCGACUAUGUGCGCGCGCUCUUCCUCCAGGUCGAGGCCACCUACCAUGAGUCGGCCUUCCCCGAGGACAUGAAGGUCUACGUCAACCCGUCCCGCAUUGAGGUGAUCACCGCGUCGACCGGCAACCACUUUGACAUUGUCCAGGACUCGCGCACGACCCUGCCUGCCUUCAGCGCCUGGCAGGCGCAGGCCUUCCCGCCGGGAUCGAGCCUGCGGAACUUCGACAUCGCCGUUUUGCUUACCCACAACCGGUUCCUGAACAACGUGGCUGGCCUCGCCUACGUGGGCACUGCCUGCUCCCUGCCGGAAUCCGCCUCCUGCAUCAAUACCGUCAACUCCUUCGGCAGCUGGGCCGUUGUUUCUCACGAGAUUGGCCAUGUGCUUAAUGCCUCGUGCGUUCGAUCCCCUCCCCCCCCCUUCCCCACUCCCCUCCCCUGGCAUCCUGCCCUGCCACGUGCCUCGCGCAUCAUAUGUUCACACGGCAACCACGUCGCUGCUCCUUCGUCGCGUAUCGCACCCGCCGUGUGGGGACACACUGUUCAGCCACGACGGUGAAAAUGGCUGCUCCCCGAAGGGCUACGUCAUGGCUCCCACGGUCGGCGGCUUCGAGCCCGUCCCGCCCCAAUUCUCCAGCUGCAGUGUGGCACAAAUCAAGGAUAAGAUCCUGUCGACCAACUGCAUGAACCAGCCCACCACGCGCAAUGAGCACCCGAAGUGCCUGAAGGAGAAGGGCGUCCUUUCCUGCUUCGAUCCUUCCCUUGACUGCCGCAUGAUGGGCUUCGAGACGGAUUGCGACUUCUCCACCCCUAAUAUCUGCCGGAUCUGGUGCACUGUCCCGUCGGGCAGCUGCUCCUCCAACAACUUCCUCCGCCCGAAUGGCUUCAACUGCACGGCCCUCGCGCGCACCGGCGUUGAGUCGCACUGUCUCCACGGCGAGUGUGUCGCUGUCGAGUCCAACCCCGUGCCCACUUUCGCCCCCACUCCCAAUGGCGCGCCGGCCGGUGUGUCCCUGUCCGGCAUCCUCAGCUUCGGUGCCCUGCUGGCUGUCGCCAAUGCUGCUCUUGCCCUCCUCCAUUGAGACCGGCCACGCCCGCACCCAUGUCACCAACAUGGAGGGGCGCGGGAGGACGUCCCUGUGGAGAUGGGUGCCUCCAAUGCCGCAUCCCGCUUGGCCGACAUGCGGCCGGGCAUGGGCCCGGGAAAAAGGCGCGCGUGCCUGCCCGGGCAUCCCUCGCUCUGUUGCUGCCCUCCAUACUGCUGUCCUUCUCGCAUGCAUAGGCAAAUGUACCCCUCCCCCGCCCAGGGUGUGGCCCAGCCGGGCUGGCCCAGAUGAGCAAGCCCCGGGAGGGGGGAGGGGGGGGGGAAGCCACCGGCCGUGUUGUGCUCAGCCCACAAGCAGCAAUGUGGACCCGUGGAAUAUACACGUGAUACGACCGA